UAUGCACGUACAGCUAACCCACGCUUUAAAGAAAUAAAUCACACGUAACUUAGGCUAAAAAAGUAUAUUUCUCAGACUCCGCAAAAAGUAACAGGAAGAAAAAAAUUAAUGUAUUAUGUACUGAUAACUUUCCAUACACACCGCCUAUAAGACUUUUUUUUCUUCAGCCUAUCUAAAAACCGUAAGAUUUCAAUUGAUUAAAGAAAUGUUUCUGUUGCUAGGCAAGGAUAAAUGAUAAAGGAUAUGCCCGUCAAUAAGUAACAAGAAAACUGAUUUUAAAAAGUAUUUCAAAUUAUCUCGAACACACUAAAAGGUCUCCGAAAUAAAGGAAAGAAAGAAUGACAGACUCACGAUAUACCACAUUUAAUGUUAAUCAGUCCGGGACUAUUUCUGAUGUUGAUGCCAGCAGACUUUUACAGAAACUUAACGACGACAAGGCUGUACUAUAUAUACCCGUCAUUGUGUACAUGGUUCUACUGAUGCUGGUCGGAAUAGCGGGAAAUCUGAUGGUAUGCCUUGUUUACAUUAAGAAGAAAUUCAAAUGUUCUACUGACUUUUUCAUUUUAAAUCUGGCAUUUCUCGAUUUGCUGACUUGCUUCUUUGGAAUUCCCGUAGAAAUUGCAGAUUUAAGGUAUCCGUACACAUUUGACGCUCCUGUCGCCUGCAAACUUUUCCGAACAGUCGAAUCCCUUAUCAGUAUGGGUUCAACACUGACUUUGAUUGGAAUUGCUGUGGAUAGAUAUAAACGGAUAUGCAGACUUGGAGAGCGCUUCUCUAAUGGAACUGCGAAAAAGAUUUGCGCUGGAGCAGUGAUAGUCGGUAUUUUAACUUGCUGGCCUGCGGCAGUUGUUUUCGGUAAGAAAUCGGUGGACGUUGGGGUACCAGGAAUUAAGGGGAGCGACUGCUCGACAGAUGAUACACAGCGACAUACCGUGUAUCCACUACUUUAUUACGCUCUUGUUUUCCUUUAUUUCUUAAUUUGUGUCGCAGUAGUAACUUUCAUUUAUGUGAAAAUUUCAAUUUUUAUCAGAAGAGGUAAGAAUGAUCUGAUCAAGAGAAAUUUAAACAGAUAUGAACUCAAUGCUGAAUUAACUACAACAACGGAAGUCAGCAAUGAUUCAAAUGCGCAUGCGCCAUCAACAUCUGGUGGAUUCAAGGAACCAACAAUGGUGAACACAAUUAAAACUUUUAGAACAACCGUGAUAUGUAUAGCCAUUACAGUAGCUUUCAUUGUUAGUUAUCUACCGUUUCUCGUGGUCAGGGUCACAAGAAACAUCAAGAAAGAUUUCGAGAAGACCCUUUCAUCUUCAACGGAAGUCGUCUACAAGUUUUGUUUGAAAUCUUACUUUAUAAACGACGCCAUUAAUCCUGUUAUCUACAGUUUCCUCAAUGCAGCAUUCCGACAGGAAGUAGUCAGAAGAUUCAUAUGUAAAGCAUGCUAUAAAUAAUCCAAACACUGACAGCUGGGAACUAGUUAAUACCGUAUUUCUCUGGAGUGUUUUUCUUGCAUGUGAGAAAAAUAAUUUUUAAUUGUCAUAAAAUCUUAAU